AUGGCAUUUGCUGCAAAGCUCGGCGCCUUGACCGACGAGCUUGUCGAGGUCAUCACAUCGACAGCAGACAAGAAAAUCAGUCGGGAGAGGUUCAAUGUAUUGCGCGAGUCUGCACUGCGCAGCGUGAGAUACCACAGCUUCUUGCGGACCAACCAGUUCGAUGUCGAGAGCCAGCUCGUUGGGCUCGAGGAGCGCUUUCGAGUCCAUCAUCGCGAAGGCUUGGCAGAUGCCUUUAGAGAACGUCUCGAUGCACUGUCACAGUUUCGAACGAAGUGGCAUCCCGAUAUCUUACAUUUCCUUCUCGAGCUAGCGGACCGACCGACGCAGAAGACUCGGCUGAGCGAUCUAGAACUCUUGAAGGAACCCGAAGAGGAUACUGAACCGCCGCUUAGAUGGGAGGAGAUUGCGAAAGAGGAUGGCUGGAACGAAGAGGCCGACAUAUGGAAGUCUAUCGAUUACAGCGAUAACUCUGGCGAUGAAUACGGCGAUUUGAAGUCAGAAACAUCGAGCGAAUCCGACGUCACGUCACUAUCAACACUCGACCCCUCGCCCAGCAAGCGACCGGAGGACCUCGAGAUUAUCUCUUCCGACGAAGCGGCUCUAAAAGAUGUUCAGGACAGCCAGGCCUGGCGAACAGAAGCAAAGACUGCGUCAUCGGCACGACAACAUAAGGUACCUAUUACCGAAUUUCAAGCGGCAAGGGAAGCUCUGUUCAUGCUCCAAGGUCUCCCGACGACACUAUUCCUAAAAGACGGUAUUCCUGAUCCAGCGUACCAAAUCUUGAGCGUCGCUUGGGAUACCUACAAGGCUCUAAUCACUUGCUUCGCUGAAAGUGGACGUCAGCUUUUCCUACUGCGUUCAUUCUCGAAGAGGGCGCAAACGGCGCCUCUUUUCCAAGUCUUUCGCGACAACGUUUUGGCUAGUCUGCAGUCGUUUGACAAGAAGAUAUCGGCUAUUCAGGAGCGACUGGCAGUAGCACGAGAAGACACAGUCGUCAGCAUGGCAGCAAUCUUGGAAGAACUCAGGCCUCACUUGGAACCGCUGAGGUCUCUUUCCGAGAUCGUGCGACAGCUCUACGAACCCGCAAAUGGCGGCGCGUUUCGCUUCUUGGAGCUCAUUUACGAUGAGAUUGGCAUUGCCCAGCUUUCAGGACGAGAUACAACGUACGAAUUACUGGGGCGAAUAUUCUUCAAUUGCUUCCAAGUCUAUCUUCGACCGAUUCGACUCUGGAUGUCAGAAGGACAACUAAUGCCGGGAGACAAGGUCUUCUUCGUAUCGGAAUCGCCGACCCAAGUGCCGCUUCGUCAGGUCUGGCAAGAACAGUUCAAGCUGAGAAGAACGUCUGACGGUGUGCUUCACGCGCCCAAUUUCCUGCAGCCGAGCGUUGGAAAGGUGUUCACGGCCGGGAAGAGCAUUGUCGUACUAAAACAUCUUGGCAAAUUCGAAUCGCUUCGCGAGCUUUGGGAUGAGGAAGAACCCCCUCUUACGUUCGACACCAUCUGCCCACCCGGGUUGGAACUGGCGCCGUUUCCUGAACUUUUUACCUCGUCCUUCAACCUCUGGAUGCAAAGCAAGUACCGUGCAACUUCCGAGACCCUUAAACAGGCAUUGUUUGACUCUUGUGGACUGGAGGCAAACAUGAAAGCGUUGCAACAACUCUACCUGAUGGCUGACGGGGCGGCGGCGGACGAAUUCUGCAAAGGUGUCUUUGCGCGGCUGGACGCCCUUCGUCCUGAUUGGCACGACAGAUACUCUUUGAGUGGGCUAGCGCAGGAGGCCUUCUCCUUGCGCGUUGACGCUACUCGGCUAUUCGUCAAUGUCCGGCUUGAGGGUCAGAAAAAGUCGGUUGUAGCUGCUCGCGAUCUGAUACGGACAGCCCUGCCAGAACUUGUCUUGCAGUAUCGUCUGCCCUGGCCGGUUCAGCUGGUAGUCACCGAGGACACAAUCGCUCAAUAUCAGGCGGUUUUUACGCUACUAAUGCAAACCAGGCGCGCUGUCGGUCUUAUCCAACGUAACCGGAUACUUGAUGAGUUGGCCUCCCGCAGAGAUAUCUGGGGCAGCCGAGCGCUGUACUACCUCCUUCGCUCCAAGUUGAUGUGGUUUUGCAACUGUAUUCAGACCUACCUGGCAACGCUGGUCCUGGCCCCUUACACGGAAACUCUGUAUCGAAGUCUCCGGCAAGCCUAUGACGUGGAUGCUAUGAUCGGACUCCAUGCUACUUUCGUGAAGCAGGUUGUCGACGCAGCCUGCCUCGGCAAGAAAUUGGAUCCCAUCAGGGGUGGCAUACUGGACAUUAUGGACUUAGCCGCGAGGCUAGAAGACGCACAGAGCGCUAGCGUCGCCGAGGAGGCGGAGGAAGCACAGGAACUAUCCCGCCUUUCCAUCAUGUCCUCGCCGAUGAAAGCAAGCCCCCGCCGGCGGAAACCAGUAGUUUACGCCGAGGAUAGCGACGAUGACGGUGCUAUGGACUCCAGAGACAGGUCCAAAAGAGGUGCAAUCAAUGCAGGCAAGGCCUAUCAAGAGUGCCUACAGGAGAUUAAGGCGGACUUUGAGAGGCAUUUAAGGUUCGUCUGUGGAGGCCUGCGAGGGGUUGCCAGGGCUACAAGCGACGAGGCCGCUGUGAAAUGGGAUCUUCUGGCCGAAAUGUUGGAGGUGGGUAUCAAGGAAGGUGCUUGA